GGCCCCGGUCUACGGGCAAAGGGAUGUUACUCUAGCUAUUUUGCAGCAUUAAUGUACAGUAGACAGGUAGAUACAACGUCUAUCAGAUAUGUCCAUGCCACCAAGACGACAAACCAUACGACCUCCAGACAAGGGAAGCUUUCCUCUCGAUCGUGAAGGUGAAUGUACAUCUAAAAUGUCAAAGUACAUGACAUGUUUAAAACAACACAAGCAAGACAAUGAUAAGUGCCGGCUUCCAGCUAAAGACUAUCUUGAAUGCAGAAUGAACAAUAAUCUCAUGGCGAAAGAAAGUUGGUCCAAACUGGGAUAUAAAGAUUUGGUCGACACACCAACAGUAGAAGUGUCUGGAAAAUCAUGACUAAAGAUCAUGUUUUAUUUAUUUUAAAUCUUUCAUGUUCACGUAUUCUCGACUAAAGACAUUUAAAAAUGCUGCUUAUGGAAAAUAUGUCAUAGAUACAAAUGUGUACUAGAUCCUUUGUUAAUUAUCAAGUUAUUGAUCAUAAAUUAUCAAUUCAGUCAUGCAUUUAUAAAUGUGUGUGUAUGUAUGAUAAAAAUCAUGUCUGUAAAUAGUCAAAACUUCCACAGUAAUGUCAUAAGAUUUGUACAUGUUUGAACAAGUACGUUGUGAAAGUGUUAAAUCGUGGCAUUCUGUUGUAAAUCUAUAGAGUUGUCCCUUAUUUAUAGAUAAGUCUGGACACCAGUGUAUUCAGUGUAUUCAGUCAUAUUUUUGUUGUGAUUUAUAUAUUUAUUGAUAUUUUGAACAAUGUCCAUAUCUAAUAAAAGGAUA